AUGAGCUCCGCAGAGGGGCAGCUCAAGCUCCUUACCCUGGGCAACGUGCUUGCAGGGGUUCUUGCGUCCACAGCGCUAUCCCUCUUCCUGACAUGGCUACGUGCGCCUCGCUACGCAAAGGACAUUCCCCGCGUGGGCGUGGGCAAAAGCUUCAUCGCCGCUUUCACGGAGAUGAAAGGCUGGAUUCAAGAUGGCUACGACAAGUACAGCAAGGAUGGCCAAGCUUUUAUCAUCCCAGGCCUGCUCGGAACCCCUCCGGAGGUGGUCAUCCCGAGGUCACAGAUGAGCUGGAUGCUGGAUCAGCCAGAUCAUAUCAUCUCAACGGCUGCUGCCCACUACGACAUCCUCAAUGGAGACUACAGCUUCGUAGACAAAAGGAUCCUGGAAAACCCCUACCAGGAGCAUGUGGUUCAUCGCUCGCUAGCAAGGCAUUUAGCCGCUCUCAUUCCGGUGUUAGACAAGCAAAUUCGGACAUGUGUGGACGAUAUAUAUGGGACAGACGGGAAGGAGUGGAUGACAGUGAAUAUUUGGGACUCCCUGAUGAGACUAAUCCCCAGAGUGACUAACUUGAUGUUCGUCGGCCAAGAGCUGUGCGACAACAAGGAGUACCUCGACAAUAUGCUCAAUUUUACGGAAGAUGUCACCAGGGAUCUAAUGACAUUUCCGAUGAUACCGACGAUCAUCAAGCCCAUCUUAUGUCCGCUGGCUGGACUUGCGAGCAAAUUCCACUAUCGCAAGACAGCCAAGCACAGCGUGCCUAUGAUCAAACAGCGGCUGACGGAUAUUAGAGCCAAGGAAAAUGGUGAUCCAGCAUACAAGAAUUGGAACGCGCCCAAUGACUAUAUCACCUGGACCAUCUCUGUCGCUACGGCCGAAGGUCGGAUGGAAGAGCUAGACCCUGUCAGAAUAUCCCAAAGGCUGCUGCCCUUGAACUUCGCCGCCAUUCACACCACCGCUAUCACCACGCUGCACGCCUUCCUCGAUUUCCUUGGAUACGACAAGGAGCAGAAUAUAAUUGAGACUCUCCGAGAGGAAAUCAGCCGGGUACUUAGUGAAGAACCCCGGGGACAAUGGAACAAAGCCAAGUUAGCCAAGCUGCACCGAACAGACAGCGCCAUUCGAGAAAGCAUGCGAGUCAACGCCAUGGCGCAAACGAUGGUGAUCAGGAAGGUGGUCGCUCCGGGUGGUGUGACAAACGAGAACACCGGCCAGCACUUUUCUAAAGGGACUAUAAUGUCUUGUCCUAUCUGGUGCACACAGCAUGAUGAGGACAUAUUCGGUGGCGAGGCGGACCGGUAUGAUGCUUUUCGCUAUUCUCGCCAACGGGAAGAGUACGAGGCCAAGUCAGCCGAUGAGAAGAACCCUGAGGCGGGAUUGAAAGUCGCAAAGAUGGGCAUGGUGACGACGAGUGUUGAGAAUUACGGCUUCGGUCAUGGAAGACAUGCAUGUCCAGGACGCUUCUUCGUUGCCCAUGAACUCAAGAUGUUAGUUGCGUAUCUGCUUUUGAACUAUGACUUGAAGCCUCUGAAGGAAAGACCACCGCCGAGCUGUAUCGGGAGAACAAUGAUUCCUCCAACGAAGGCGACGAUGGAAAUCAAGCGGAAGGCUAGUACCAGUAGCAUAGAAGCCGUCAGCAGCCUCCAGGAAACCGACAUGUUGGCCGGUCACGCGGUCACUCUGACCAUCGCGGUCAUCGCCCAUCACGCCACCGCAGGCUUCACUUCCCACUGCAGCUGGUGGUAUAUCCACGACCAGGUGACACUCACUGCGGGCUGCGAGGCUUCGACCAAGUCCAAGCCUAGGGUCCUCUCCAGCCUCGACCUGAAUCACUGCAUCGGCGUCGAUCUCACGGCCAACGCUAUGAUUUGGCAAACCGAUGGUGAUGCCUUCCACAUACACUGUGCCAAUUGCGGCAUGCAGAACUCGGAGAUUGUCAUGCAAUGCGACUGCAUCAACGUCGUUACUGGUGGAACGACAAGUUCCUCUAUUAACCUCAAUGAUCGAAUCACCACCAACGAUGAAGGUUGGCUGACCUGCUGA